AUGGGUGAUGACGUCAACAGCGAAAGCACAAGCACCAUCGGCGACGACUGGGUAAAAGAGAGUGACAUUUCGAUUUCGUCAUUGCCGAUGGACUGUAAUAAAGAAAUGGUGUCAAGUUCUAGUUUCGUGUCAUUUAUGAGUGAUGCGGAGGGUAAAAAAAUGCUCUGGGUGCGCCUUCUCGGUGUUCAAAAUCGCCCGAAUCCUCUUGACGAUUGGGACCAACUCUACAAUCUAAAUAAUCAAGUCGGCCUUAGGAAUGAUUGCCGGAAACUAGCGAAGUUGUUGGACAACAAAAAGUCUGUUCCAGAACUCGAAUCAUUCAUGACAUUGUAUUGUAAAAAAAGGAAUGUAGAUUACAAAAAAGAUAGUGGUUGGAUAGUCGUCCUUGAGAAGAUCCUGAAGUUUGAACUUCCGCAAGAACACCUGUUCAAUGUGUUUUUCGCAUUCACUACAAAAUACAUUCCAAAAGAAACCAAAGAGAAUGCCCAAAUUUAUGAUCUGUUUCGUCUCUUGCUGCAGUACCAUGAUCCUCAAAUAAGUUCUCAUUUGGAUUCUCUGAAGUGCCCUCCACAUUGCUAUGCGAGUCAGUGGUUCUCUACUGUUCUUGCUGCUAGUGUUGGCGAUGGAGUGUGCAGAGCUUUGUGGGAGUUGUAUAUAGAGAAGGGUGAUCCAUUCCUGAUUUUUUACAUGGCAUUAGUACUUAUUAUUAAUGCGCGGGACCAGCUUCUUCAGAUCGGUUCGGAUAGAAGAGAAGAAGCGUUGGCAAUGUUAACGGCCCUGCCAAAUCAACUCACCAUCGACGAUGUGCCGGACUUCGUGCAACUCUCUGCUUACUACGCGGAUCGUACUCCUCAAUGUGUUCGUGAGGAUUUCCACUACUUAAUCUUUGGUUCUAAUUAUGACGACGAAGUUGGCGAAAUGCAAGUUAGCAAGUUACUUUGCUUGCCCGUUACUGUUCAGGAAUUAACCAGAAAGGAGCGCGGAGCAGUGCUGGCUUCAAACAUAGCUUAUUUUGUGAUUGAUUGCCGUUCUAAUGAAGCAUAUAAUAGUGGGCACAUUUACGGAUCGUUUAAUCUGGAUUGUCAGCUGCUAGUCGAUGCUCCAAGUCAAUUUGAAAUGGCCUUAAGCUGUCUUGAGUCAUACAAAAAUGACCAAAAAUUUGAGGAGCACAUCUGUUUUUUCGGCUAUGGUGAUGAGGAUCUGGAUCAGUUCAUGAAUAUGGUUAUCGCACGAUUUCUUCGAGAUGGAAAGAGUCAUGUGACAUUUGCUCAAGGUGGUUAUCAUGGCCUGCACAUGGUACUUUCCGAGUCGAACCGCUUGCGUCUUAUUAACUCUCAUGAUGAGUCAAAGUGCCGUGAAUGUGGGAAUGCUAGUGCAGCUAGAAGCUGGAAGCUGGUGGGCAAAGUGAAAGAAGUAGUGAUUUCUAAAUCAGCGGCUGUGAAGGAUAAAGUGAGUGAACUGGUAACGCAGGCAAGUCCUGGAUACGCACCAGUCAGCGAAGUGAAACAUGUUGUGUCAGCAGAUCGAUAUGGGAAAAGAUACCGUAACGAACGAUCCGUUUUCUCAAUCGAUGACGACUCAAGCGACGAAAGUGGGGGUGCGCUGUUCAACAAAGCGAAUGGAAAAGAAGAGCUUCUUCUCGCUGACCAAGCUGAAUUCAUCGAACGUUUUCAAUGUCAUGAGCUUGGCGAUGGCAAGCUUAUGAUUCCUUCCCACAUUGCCAUCACUCGUACUCAUAUGCAUGUACUAAGAGACGUAGAUGGAAAGCCCGGGUUUGUGACCACUGAAGCCCGACACGCUCUUUCAUCUGUGCUUCGAGUUACCAGUAAGAAGAAAGUACCUGAAUUGCUGACCUUCAAAUUCGGCUACGAAAUUAAUGGAAAUUCAAAAAUCACCGCCGUGCAUAAGUUCCUGGUCCCUAAGGCUGGAGAGUGCGCGAAAGCCGUGAAGACUGCUAUUUUUGCUCUUCGUCCAUUAUCCGAUUCGGAAUCGACGGAAAUCAACUUCGCCACGAGCUGA